AUGACUUCUGACCGCUGCGGCUCCCUCCUGGUUGGGCAGGUUCCUGAAGCCAAGGCUGCCUCCCUGUGCCUCUCGGCCAACCUGGCACACGCCAACCGAGUGCGUGUGGGGUCCACCCCUCUGGGCCGACCCAGCCUCUGCCUGCCCCCCACCUGCCACGCUGCUUGUCCCUUACCGGGGACCUGCCACAUUCCCGGCAACAUCGGAAUCUGUGGGGCCUACGGCGAAGGCAGCCUGAAUGGCCACGAGAAGGAGACCAUGCAGUUCCUGAACGACCGCCUGGCCAACUACCUGGAGAAGGUGCGUCAGCUGGAGCGGGACAACGCGGAGCUGGAGGCCAAACUCCGCGAGUGGACCAGAUGCCACGAGUCCAGCGUGUGCCCGGACUACCAGUCCUACUUCCGCACCAUCGAGGAGCUCCAGCAGAAGAUCCUGUGCCUCAAAUCUGAGAACAACAGGCUGGUCGUGCAAAUAGACAAUGCCAAGCUGGCCGCAGACGACUUCAGGACCAAGUAUGAGACGGAGCGCUCGCUGCACCAGCUGGUGGAGGCCGAUGUUUGUGGCCUGCGCAAGAUGCUGGACAACCUCACCCUGGCCAAGUGUGACCUGGAGGCCCAGCUGGAGUCCCUGAAGGAAGAGCUGCUCUGUCUCAAGAAGAACCAUGAACAGGAAGCCCAGAUUCUGAGGUGUCAGCUGGGGGACAAGCUCCGGAUUGAGCUGGACACGGAGUCCCCCACAGACCUGAGCAGGGUGCUGGGGGAGAUGCGGUGCCAGUACGAGGCCAUGGUGGAGACCAACCGCCAGGAUGUGGAGCAGUGGUUCCAAGCCCAGUCUGAAGGCAUCAGCCUGCAGGCCAUGUCCUGCUCCGAGGAGCUGCAGUGCUGCCAGUCGGAGAUCUUGGAGCUGAGACGCUCAGUGAACGCCCUGGAGGUGGAGCUACAGGCGCAGCACGCGCUGAAGGACUGCCUGCAGAACUCCCUGUGCGAGGCCGAGGACCGCUACGGCACCGAGCUGGCCCAGAUGCAGAGCCUCAUCAGCAACGUGGAGGAGCAGCUGUCCGAGAUCCGGGCCGACCUGGAGCGGCAGAACCAGGAGUACCAGGUGCUGCUGGACGUCAAGGCCCGGCUGGAGUGUGAGAUCAACACGUACCGGAACCUUCUAGAGAGCGAGGACUGCAAACUCCCCUGCAACCCGUGUGCGACCCCAGCCUUCAGCAUCCCCUGUCCAGCCCCUGUAGCCCGUAGCCCCUGCUCUCGGGCCUCCUGUGGGCCUUGCUCCUUGACUGGCUGA